AACAACAUAAAUAAACAUUUUGAGGUAAAUAAACGUUUUCCGUUUUCUAAUAAAUACAUUUUUUAUUAGAAAAAUGUCGCUUUUUCCGGCUUAUUCCAAAGAAAAUAAAACAAAAGAUGAAGAGGUUUUACCAACAACAUCCUCAGCAGCAACGAAUGAAGAAAAGAUCUGGUUGGAAAAUAAUAGCUUUGCUAUAAAAACCCACGACUUGACAGCAAUACAAUGUAAGACAUCUUUAGUGGGACAAGAGAAUUCCGAUGAUUCCUCCCACAGCUCCAGCAGCAGUGUAGAUUUGGAUAGUGAUAAAAACAAUUCUUUGUCUUCUAAUGAAGAGGCUGAAAGUAAACGUAAAAGAUUAAAGAAAUCCAAAAAGAAAAACAAACAUAAAAAGUCAAAGAAUUCCAGUAAUGAAACGGUAGAACCCAUUUUAGAUUUUACUGGACAGGAGGAGUUUUAUGUUGAUAAGAAUAAAGCAAAACAGUAUAAUACUAUAAGAACUUUACACAAACCGGCUUGUCCCAGGUAUCGUGUUUUCUAUUACACAUUGGGUAGAAGUCAUUACAAUAGUGAGAAAUCUAAAACGAAACGUUAUUAUCGCUUUCGUGAAGAAGCUGGUGAGGUGCAACAUAACUUCUAUGCUUUGGAGGAGAAUGAAUACACUUUAAAACUUGGCGAACUGAAUCGCAAAACGGUGGAAAAUUGUCAAGAUUUAAAAAGUUGGCUGGAGUUAAUUGCCCUGCAGGAUAGAAAUCCCUACAAAUGGUCUCGUUUGAGAGUGGCCGAAAAGAAAAUAGAUUAUGUACAAAAAGCCUUGAUAUAUCUGCCCAAUCAAGAGGAACUGUAUAAAGUGUAUAUAAGUAUUAUAACUCAAGCCUAUACUUCUCAUGAUGUUAGCAAAAUGUUGGAGCCUUUGCUAGCCAAAGAUCCCUACAGUUUGAUUUUAUGGCAGGCUUUAAUAAUGUGCACUCAAGGUACUAUGGCGCGUUGCAAUGUACCCGAUGUUUUGCUUAUCUAUGAAAGAUGCAUGAAGAAAAUGUUUCACAACCAUAAACAAACUUUAAAUCCGCAAGUUAGCGAUAAGAUUAUGUUGGAAUUAUUUUACAAUUGUGCUUUGUUUUUGCGACAAGCGGGUUUAUAUGAGCAAUUUUUUGCUCUUAUUAAAUUGGCUAUAGAGCUCAAUGUAGCGGUAAGCUCCAAGUUUUUAGAGGAUCUACAGCCUCGAGCACAAGAUGAGCAAACGUUGUUGGAAUAUGAAGAGAUUAUCUUGCAGUCUGGUUUGCCUAUGAACGAAAUCUGGUUGAGAAUAGAGAAACUGAGACAGGGUUUCAAUUUCCUGCCAUAUCCGGGAGAUAAUAACAAAUGCAGUGAUCCUCAGCGUAUAGUAUUCAAUGAAGAUAUUUGCCAUUAUGUGUAUCCUUUAAAAUCGCAAGAAAACUCUUUUAAAUUAUUAUUAAUAAUUUUAAAAUUACUAAAAUUACCCUUCAUCAGCAGUCAUAUAUUGGCAUCACAGCUCCAGGGUGACACAGAUGCCAUAGAAGAUCAAUUGGCUAUUUAUACAAAUCCCCACUAUAUUUGCUCUUGGGAUCAUGAGGAAUUUUUCUCCAGCCUAUUUGAGUUAAGCAAAGAAAUGGUUAACACUCCCACCUACAUCACUAGCAGUAUAGCUCAUGAACAGUAUGCCCAGUGUUUGAAAAGCCUAUUGCUUAAUUGUGCCCAAUCUUAUGAACAAAUUGACGAAAUUAAACGGUUAAUAUUCCUGCAACUAUGGUGUCGUUUUGAACGUUUUCUUUUAAAAUUAGAAAAAUUAAAUAAGAAAAUUUCGGAGGAAUUUAUACAACAGGCGCGCAGACGUUUUAAAACUCUACUUAAACAACGCCAGAACCGUAAUUGUCUUCAACUGUAUGUAGAAUUUGCUUUAUAUGAGUAUGAAGCUGAGGCUUCACAGGAAACUAUAGAGAAUAUAUUUAAAAAUCUUCUAGAAGCCUAUAAUAAAGAAGAAAAUCUACAUUCCGAAUUGGCCUAUGUGUACCUGACCUAUGCAGAAAUUUUACUUAAGUGGGGACAAUAUGAAAAGGCUUCUAAAUUGCUAUCCCUAUAUGCCCUUAAACUAGACUUUUCCCAGCUGGAGAGUAUAACAAAUGCUAAAAAACUUUUAGCCGUAACUAAACUAAAGGAAAAAUUAGAUCUCACCAUUAAGGUAGAACAAAAUGUAGAAAUAAUGCUUUUGGAGCAGCAUUUUAUGAAUGAUUAUACUUUAAGCCAAAUAAAUAUUUAUUGUUUACUCUGCUAUACGGUGCAGCAAAAGCUACAGGCUUUAGAAUAUUUACAAAAGUUAUUGGAAAUCUUUAAAACCCAAAGUAAUCAACGUCAUGCAUAUCUGAGAGAGCAUAUUUACGAAAUUUACAUAAUGUUACUACAACUACCCAAGGGCAAUAGUUAUGUUUCUCAUAAGUUAAUACAACAAUCUAUCUUUAACGGCCUUCAAGAAUAUCCCCAUAAUUUGUAUUUAUUACAAAAAUGGGGCUGCCAACAGUCUAUGCCCUGGUAUAAAUUAAGAGCUGGUUAUAUAAAAUUAAAUCCCUCCAUUAAAUCCGUAAUUUAUAUAAUAGCCUUGGCUCGCUGUCGUUUUAUUAAGACACUGGCUAAUGAUACACCAUUAGGACUGCCUUCAUUUGCCAAUAACGAUCUACAUUAUCAUGAGCUCUUAGUGCGUCAACGUAUUUUAAAUCUUUUUAAAAUUUUAAUACCCAGCGAUUUAACACAAAAUUCAUCCUCCCCUUCAUUGAGUUUAUAUUCUUCUUUGCAACGCAAUUCUCUAUUUUGGCGUUGUUAUCUAAGCUGUUUAUCCGAUCAGAAUUGUUCAUUUGAUUUAAGUAAAAAAUGUUUACUUACCGCCUUGGAUGAGUGCCCCUGGAGUAAGGCUUUAUAUUUGGAUGGUGCUACAUAUGUACCACAGGAGCUGUCACAUUUGCAGGAUUUAAUAAUUGAGAAACAAUUGAGAAUCUAUGCUUUGCCCGAAGAAUUGGAGAUUUUAAGGGAACGUUAAUAGUUAAGUGUUUAGUUUUAGUUUAGUUUUAAAAUGAGAAUGAAUACAAUGUAUAAAUGUAUUAAAUAAAUUUGUAUUAUUUUUUAAUAAAAAUGUAACUAAUUUAGUCGGUUGUAGCUGAAAUAUGACGUAUUAAAUAUAUUUCAAUAAAAAAU